AUGGGCUCACAAACAUUAGAAAUAUUACGCCAAGGUGUAUGGGCAUCUUUGACAGGAGGAUGGUUUUAUGAUCCCCAUCAGAAUUUGUUUUGCAACACUGUGCAUUUGUACAUUUGGCUUUUCCUGUUAUGCUUACCAUUUUCUGUGUAUUUGUAUUUCCCACCGGCCAGUCUGGGUUGGAUCAUCUACUGUGGAUUAGUGGCAUUAUUAUUCACAUGUCUUAAACUCUUGAACCAUGGGCUCCAUCACAUGUAUGAUACCAGCGAGUGUAUAAUCAUUCAGCCAUCUAGUGACGCAAACAAUUCUAACAAUAAUACAGUACCUGAAGAAGGCAUGGAAAUGCAGAUGUUGAGAUUAGGUGGCCUAGCAGCAACUGGUAGCGACAAUGAAUCUGUGACAUCUUUAGAAUAUCACAAGCCAAACAAUAGUACUAUCGAUUUAAAAGUAGAUGUUCAUCGUAAAAACAGUUCUGAAUCAAGUAUUGAAGACAGUGCAACGUCUGCUAAACAGUCAGAGGUAGUCGCCACUACAAAGUCAGAUUUGUGCGUGGCUCAAGCACCAGAAACAUCAGGCCCUUCAAUAUGCCGUCCACAAAACCGAAGUAGAUCAAAAUCGAGCCACAAAAGAGAUCAUAGAACUAAAAACAGGAGGACUCAGGGGAAUAGGAUCGACGAAUUAAUCGUUGAAGAAGCUUCUAGAAAUCCAAGUAAUCUACCUGUUCAUAUGUUAGUUGAUGAAGGACCUUUUGCUAAAGUAAGUAAGCGUUAUCACGAAUGUUCACAUAGGCGUGGGUCUAGCAAUAGAGAUUUCUUCAAGGAGUGGUUAUAUUUAGAUGGUAGUGAAGCAACUGGUGAACCAUACCAAUCUAAGUUCGCCCGUCACCUUAGUUCUGAUUCAAGAGAUAAUUCAGAACCCAAUGUUGGUCCACCAUCCCCAAAAAAACGAAUCGCCCACAGACGCAGGUAUAAUAAUUAUCCUGAUGAAAGUUGUACUAAGUCUGCUAUGGCUCUAGCAACAGCACAGACUUCUAAUAUGCGAAGAAAUUCCAACUCUACUAUGUCAACCAUACAAUUGCCACUUUUAAACUCCACUGCACAAUUAGUAUCGCACAUGAGAAGACAUUCUAAUAAUGCAGAUACUGGGUUUUUUGCUAGCGUUGAACUAGGCGAGUAUAUGAUGGUUAAAGCUGAAGCCCCAAGUGGUGACGCUGAUAAGAAUAAAGGUAAGAGUCCAGGUGUGAGACGAAUAAAAAGUGCCGCUUUAGAAAUAGGUUGUCCACCCCCAAGUGUAUCUAACUUAUCACCACACCCAAAUAGCGCUGAAACUAUUGGUGGUCAAAUGCUUAAAAAUCCUAAAAGUGCUGUAAUUCCGCCACCAAGUAAAAGUCUUACUCGAGGGCCACAUUUGAACCUGUACCCAAAAAAUGAAUCCGGCGAAGGUUGUAGUUAUCCAUAUCUCACAUAUGGAUCAGAAAUAGUUUAUCCCAUAGCCGAAAUAUCAGACGAAAUGCAAACUUCUCAAAAAGAAACUGAUUUAGAUUCCAGUGGAGAAAGCUAUAGUGAUUAUGAUGAUGAAAAACAGUUUCGUGGUUUUGAUUGGGAUGCUGAACAGUCUCCGGCGGUACGUUCUAGUGAUUCUGAUUUUGAGAAUAAUGGUUCUAGAUCACCAUUGUUAGAUCGUUCUACAGAUAUUAGAGUAGUUCGUACAAAAAAUCAGACUGAUUGCAAAAAACACUGUUGUGAAAGACACCCUGGUUCUAAGCAUGAUAUUACUGAUUGCACUAUCGAAAAAUCGAAACCUGUAAGAUUGAAAAAGGUCACAAAAAACGAACCUCGCUAUGAAAAUAAACGUCCAGAUCGGAAAGUAAUCGAGUGUGAGUGUAAAUUCAACCAAUGUUCCGAUUAUUUCGAUAAAGCCAGCGCUAGUUCAAAGGACUUUUUAAUAGAAAAAUCUAGUUUAGAAUCAAAUGAAAAUGCUGACCAAUUAAAUAAAAGGACAGAAUCUAGACAAAAUGUAGUAAAGAAACCUUGGGACCAUGACAUAUCUAAUUCUAGUAGUAGUAGUGAUACUCAUUUAGACAGGCAUCUGGAAAAUAGUAAAAAUGGAAACAAUACUGUGCCUGAAACUGAAGAGUCACAAUUAACCUGUGACAGUAAAAGCGCUGAUGAAAAGAGUGUUUAUAGUUUGGAUUGGUUGUUUGAGGAAACCAGUCAGUCCAAAGAAGGCUGUUACAAAGAAACGGAAGCUUGUUUAUUACCUGCUGAAGAUAUGAUAUGUCAAAAACUAACCAAUGCUUUAGGUGAAUCAUCUUCUAAUGUUCCAAAAAACUUAGGGGCCAUACCAAAGCAGAUAAAAAACUUAGCGCGUUCACGAGCUUCAUCACAGAAGGAAAACAAGAAGAGAGAUUCUAAAGAUAACAAAAAAGAAAAAGAUGAAAAUAUUGAAGAUGAUAGGAUACUCUUAGAUGCUGUUGAAGCUCAAGCUGCUUUGGUACAAGGCCUGGAAUGUUUGUUCGCGGCAACUAAUGCUAAUACGGUGGUUAUGCCUCCUCCAAAUCGAGAAGACAGAUCACGAAGUCACAGACAGAGUAUACGAUGUGAAAGAGAAAACUCUCAUAAAACAAGAAAACGGUCUAUAGAAGAAGUUGCUCAAACUUCUACUAAUACUUUACUUCCUACAUCCAUGCCAUUGUUAGCUGCAUUCCUUAAUUCUAGAGUUGAUUUUAUGCCUUGCUGUGCAUCAGACAGUAAUGCUCCUCCAGAUCCUGCACAACCAAAUGAAGAGUUGCCAAGAAUGAGACCUUUAAUGGAUCGAAAUCAUAGGAACCGUGUACGUAAAAUAAAAAGAUCUACCCGCCAACGGAAUAAUCCUUCACAAAAUAGUGCAGAAAAGAAAGACAAACAAUCGAGCACAGAGAAUGCAAAUAAUUCAACAAAUGUACAUUUUGCUACUUCGUUUGAUGAUACAACAGACGGCGCAAUACAUUGUUUUAUGGAUGAAUAUGGAAAUUGGAUGUCUUACACAUUUGAUAAAAAUAGUUCAGGACGAAUACAAGCACAACCUAUGCAAUUACCAGAAAAAGAAGAUAAGCGGGUCAAUAGAGUAAACCCUCUUGAAAAUCAAGACAAUUCCCAAGAAACAGCAGGCGAAGGAAGUUGUGGAUCUUUAGAAUCCGAAGCUGGAAACAGCGAAAGCAUUCCAAAGAAACGUGGUGAUAGCAUAGACCAAAGUUCUUCAAACCAAGGGAGUAACAACCCACUUUUGUCUAGUAACAACAAUGUCUCGACGGUUGUUGCUAUAAACACAAAUAAUCCAAAUAAAAGAUUCUACGUUUUCGACGGCGGGACUGGUUCACACACUGAUCAACCUCGAUCACCAGUAGCUUAUGUGACUGAUAGUUUAUUAGAACAAAUUGAAGCAGAAAGACAGUCUAGGAUGGGAGUACCUAGCAUGCAUAUAAAUUUCUUAAUGAGUCAGCAAAGAGCACAGCAACAAGCUCAACAGCAAGCUGAAACUGUAUCUGCAAAUAUUCCAAGCUUAAUGCCGUCUAUUGGCGAAGAAAGUGUAGAAAUAAAUAUUAGAAGUAAAUUCUCCAAGCUCAUGGACGAAAUUGAAAAAGCGAAUCAACCGAAACCCAAGAGCUAUUACAAAAUGAAACUUUCCAAAUGUUUCGAAAUAAAAGUGACUAUGGACCGACUGAAGCUUAUGGCACUUUUUGAUCGAAAUUUAACUUUUAGAGAAACAUUCGUAUCUAUUCUAUUGGCCAUUUUAGUUGCCGUAUUGGGAUCUAUGGUUUUAAAUCUUGGUUUUUACCGAGAUAUCUAUGCAUUUUGGUUUUGUUUCAUUAUGGCUGGUAGCCAAUAUUCUUUACUUAAAAGUGUGCAACCUGAUUCGGCAUCGCCUGUACAUGGAUUUAAUAAAAUGGUGGUGUUUUCAAGACCUGUGUAUUUCUGUUUAUGUGCCGGAAUAUUGUAUGCAGUUAAUAGUAUUCUAGGAGAAACAUCAUCAUAUCCCGAAGAUCAUACCGUCAGAACUAGAAGAAGUACUGAAGAAAUUAAACCAUUAGUGGUAUAUGGUAUUGAAUUAAACGAGAGAGAGUUCUUUUUUAUAAUUCAGGAAAUUUUAUCAAAGUUUCUGUUGUUUUUUCCGUUAGCAUUCAGCUUAGGGCUAUUUCCUCAAGUAAACACAUUUUUGAUGUAUCUAUUAGAACAGAUAGAUAUGCAUAUAUUUGGUGGUAAUGCUACGAGUAGUCUUAGCGCUGCAGUAUACUGUGUGUUACGAUCGUUAGCAGCAAUAGGAGUUCUCUAUGGAUUUGCUUAUAGCGGUUUGGUUGAAGGUAAAAAAUCACAACAUCAAAAGCAUAAUAUCCUCUUUUCCAUAUUUUGUGCGCUUGUUGUACCAAUCGCAUACCAUUUGAGUCGUAGUGCAAGUGAUUAUACACUCAUUUGGAAUUUAAUAAAAAAACAUUUGUUGCCCCCUGAACUGUAUGUCAUGCACAGUGCUGAAUGUUCUCCAGAUUGUAAUAAAGAGGAACCUAAUAAUGAACUGACAGAUGAUAAAAAGAACAAUUCAGAGAGUAAUAUAUCUAAACAAAACUCCAUAGGAAGCUCUGCGUCAAAAAUUAAUUUUAGCUCUGAAACUAACAUAGCAAAGUCACAGAAGCGUUCACAGACGUCUAGUGUAAGUUCAUUGAAGAUGGACCCUCGGGCCGGUGAUACUAUGAACUCUACUGCUUCAUUGAAAGUUGACCCUCCGACAGAAACGGAGGAUAAAACCCGUGACUCAAAUACGAACAAUUCUAACACAAUCAAGCAAGAAGGAUCAGAUAAACCGGAAGAGGAUAUGGAAGAUCCCCUCCCGAAGAAGUUGCAAGCUACAGUGAAUGCACGCUUGAAGAAUGAUGUCAUCGUGUGCACUUUCCUUGGAUUGUUCGUCUUUGGGCUGCACUGCACAACUGUUUUCACUACUCUCAGACCUCAAUUGAAUAUGGUUCUAUGGAUAAUCGCGGGCAUCCUCGGUUGGGUAUUGCACUACCUAACGCCGCAGCUUCGGAAACAGCAGCCGUGGUUAUGUCUCACUGGGCCCGUGCUGCGGCAGCAUGAGCAUGCACAGUUUGAAGUCACCGAACCGGCGAAACUCAUGUACUUUGAAAAAAUAUUUGUGUACUUAUGUUUUCUGGAACGUAAUGUGUUGUACCCGGCGGUUGUCGUCGCAGCGAUCACUCAAGAUGCUCCCGCGAUUGCGGCAAAAUACGGAGAUGCGGUUGGUGCUCUCAUCAUAUGCGUAUGCGCAUUGAAAUGUCUAAGGCACGCCUACUCAGAGCCUGACUCUCAAUAUUUGAUCCUUGUGUUUGCUUUCCUACUAUUCCAAAGGGAUCUCGGCGCUAGAAAUAUUUCUGAGACAUUUCUAGUGGAUUAUUUUAUCACUGCUAUUAUCUUCAGCAAGGUUUAUGAGUUUUUACUUAAGGUUCAAUUCGUAGUGACGUAUAUAGCGCCAUGGCAGAUCACGUGGGGCAGUGCCUUCCAUGCGUUUGCGCAACCCUUCUCUGUCCCACACUCCGCCAUGUUGUUUCUACAAGCAGCUGUCUCUGCGCUACUCUCGUCCCCUCUCACUCCAGCAUUAGGUAGCGCCAUAUUCAUGACGUCAUAUGUGCGCCCCAUAAAGUUCUGGGAGCGCGAUUACAAUACAAAGAGGGUGGAUCAGAGUAACACUAGACUGUCGUCGCAAUUGGAACGGAAUUUAGGAGCGGAUGAUAACAACCUCAACUCUAUAUUCUACGAGCACUUGACUCGUUCGUUACAACAUUAUCUGUGUGGAGAUUUGAUGCUCGGACGGUGGGGACAAGUUCAACAGGGGGACUGUUUUGUGUUAGCAUCGGACUACUUAAACUGUUUAGUGCAUAUAGUGGAGAUGGGUAACGGUCUUGUCUCAUUUCAACUUCGUGGUCUAGAGUUCAGAGGUACAUACUGCCAACAGCGGGAAGUGGAAGCCAUAUCCGAGGGGCCGGAGGAAAGCAGUGAAGGUGUUUGCACUGGUUUGUGGUGGUGUGGCGGUAGAGUUUUAGCACCCGGCGCCGCUUGGGCGCUACGCUGGUUAGCGUGGCAGCUAGCCAGCGCUAGAUACGUGCUAGAGGGAUACUCGGUCAGCGAUAACAGCGCUGUGUCCAUGCUGCAAGUGUUCGACUUCAGGAAGGUGUUGCUGACAUAUUAUGUCAAGAGUAUCAUCUACUACACGAUUCAGUCAAACAAACUGGAGGAAUGGUUAUCAUCACCAGUGCUCUCGGAAGCUCUGAAGCCGAUGAACGAACGCACUUUCGUAGACUUGGACCCGAUAUUUAACGUUAAUUUGGACGAAGACUAUGAUUUUCGUGCAUCCGGUAUUACAAGGAGUAGGUUUUGCGCUGUUUACCAAGAGUGGAUAGUACACUGUGGCGUUAGACGCGGCGGCGGUUGGCGGCGGCGGGCGGCCGCUAAGGAUUCGCCGCUGGUCACGUUGUGUUUUGCGCUCAGUCUGCUCGGCCGCCGCGCUCUCGCCGCCGCUCAGCACCUGUCCGCAUCCAGUGUGGAAUUCUUUCUGUACGGCCUACAUUCGCUGUUCAAAGGUGAUUUUCGUAUCACUUGUGCUCGCGACGAGUGGGUGUUUACAGACAUGUCCCUUCUACACUCCGUACUAGCGCCAGCUAUACGGAUGGCAUUGAAACUACAUCAGGACCACUUCAUGUUUCCGGAAGAGUAUUGUAGCAGUUCAGCUUUAUACGCGGCGAUAGCGUCGCACGCGCAACGUUUAGUAAUUUGUCAUGAAGCGGCGCCCGCGUGGAGAUAUAAUGUACUCCGUGGAGCGCCGCAUUUACUUGCACUGAGGCAUGUUAUGGAUGAAGGCAGCGACGAUUACAAGAUAAUAAUGUUAAAUAAGCGACAUCUAGGUUUCCGAGUGAUAAAACUAAACCGUGAAUGUGUUCGAGGACUAUGGGCUGGACAGCAACAAGAACUAGUCUACUUGAGGAAUCGCAAUCCAGAACGUGGAUCUAUACAGAAUGCUAAGCAGGCAUUGCGCAACAUAAUCAACUCGUCGUGCGAUCAACCAAUUGGAUAUCCAAUAUACGUAUCCCCGUUGACAACCUCGUAUGCGGACACUUCUCCGCAACUGUGCUCGUUACUCGGCGGACCUGUCACCGUAACAGCCAUCAAGGAUAGAGUCACGGUGUUGUGGAGGCGUAUCCGUCGUCGUUGCGGGGAGGGAUGCUCUAGUGGCGGGGGCGGGGGCGGUGCGUGUGAGGCGGGGGCGGCCGAGGCGGGGGCGGCGCGCGUCACACAAACACCCAGACACAGCGCGCUACAUCUGUCGCGCACAUCGCUUGCGGGCACACGUGGUAGUUUAGCAAGUGCUGGGAAGCCGACGUCCUCGACAUUAGCAUCGCUAGCAGGCUUGCUUCGGGAACACUCGCAUGAGAGAACAUUAGAGGAAGCGGCGUAUGGCAGUACACAAGACAACAGCUCUCCGCGGCGCCGCAGCGAAGAGCGCGCUAGUUCCGCACCAGGAGCGCGUCGCGAGCGUAAUAUGCGCGCGCGAUCCGCCGCCAAGGAGCCCGCUAGACAGGCUAGUAACCGUAGAUUGAGACGCGAGAGGGCGACACCGGCGUCGUUCAGAUUACUCGCCGCUGACAACGCGCGCGAUCCCACCGCUGCCCGCGCGCACGCCAGUGGAUGCCUUGACGCUCAGGGAAGCGGCAGUGGAUGGGAAAGUGCAUGGCGUGAUCAACCGCGGCGGGCGGCGAGUGCUAAGGUAUCGAGUGGGCGGGCUCCUAGCGCCGAAUCGUCAUUAGAAGACCUGACAUUGACGCCCAGUGGUUUAGAUCUGUCACUUCCAGACUGCAAGAUCAUCGCCAACAGGAACGCCAGGCAAGAGAGAGACUUUAAAAGAUAUUUCAUAAACGAAGGCACAUCUAAAGAUCUGUCUAAACCGAGUAAAGAUAUACGUCACGAACGGGAAAGUUACCGUGAACUCACUGGUCGGUAUAUAGAGAAACCAGAAUCGAUACAAUUGAAAGAAAGUCAUUAUUCGGAUCUAUCGCACAAAGAAUCUGUACUGAAAAAGGAAACUAAAAAGGAUCCUAAAGUGAAAGAGAUAAAGACUAAAAUUAAACGCUCUGAUUCGGGCAAAAGUGAAUUGAAAAUGAACGUUAGUGUCGGCAGUAAAGUUCUAAUAACUGAACCUCUAGGAGUUUACGAUUGCAUCAAUUUGGGGAGGAGAAUUGAUGUGCAAUGGCCGUCGGAAUAUCAAAGGGAGAGAGGAGGUAGAAAUUUCUGGGGAAGUUGGGUACCGCUCGCCGGUAUGGAUGGAUUGGUGGUCCAUAAGUGGACACCGAACCACAGGGACCCCAAGCUUCGAUCUCACGUCGAUAAGAGUAUCCUUCUCAUAGAGAUAGACGAUAAAUUUGUUCCUAUCGCCGAGAACUGCGUACAAGACCUCGGCGACGAAGUCUGA